AUGCUGACUCACAUUUCUCUUCUUGUGGUUAUCAUAGCAACUAUUAGAUGGAAAUAUUUUAUUCCUACCGACCCACCAGCUCAACAAAUUAUGUUCAGUGACAUUAUAUUCAUUUCUGGUAAAUACAUCAUCGAAAAUACAGAAGAAUGUGUAACAGUUGCAUACGCAAGUAUUGUUAAUACCGAAAAUGCCGAGCAUGAAUUCAAUAGUUAUAAUGUUCCUGUAUGUGAUCCGCAUGUUAUGUUUUAUGUGGGUGUUAAUCGUAAGCCAAAGGAGACAGAAGAUUUUAUUCAUUUCGGAAUCGUAGGUGCUAACAUCAAAGUAGGAAACAAGUAUACCAUAUCAGGGCAUGUGAAAUUUUCAGAUUUAGGCAAGAUGAUGAUCGAAGCUACAGAUAUAGACUAUGUAAAAGGUUCAGAAUUUAAUUAUAAUACAAGUGAGAAUUCAUCCUCCAUUAAAUCUAAUGUGCGAUCGAUUAUUAAUGUUAUCGCUGAUGAUGUUGAAUCUACCAGCCUUCCUAUAAAAAAGUCUAAGUUCAGUGUCUUUUUUAAAGAAGAUAAGAACAGUGCAGCUCUUGAUUCAUAUGAGCCAGUAAAAACUAGUAUUAAUGUAGAUAAAGAAUACAGAUCAUCAUCUGAAA